AUGGUCUGGUAUAUCUCUGAUGUCUUUGAGACCUUCUUCCAGGACCCACCCAACACCCGUGGGUUCAAAUACAACGGCAAGCCACGCAACCCAAUGAAAUUCCCAGCACCGGUCCAAGUAGACGCAAACGGCGUCUAUCACGGCCUAGAAUUCGACAACGCCGGCACAAACGCCACGCGAAUCUACCUCGCAGCCCAAUUCCUCGAAUCCGACUGGGUCAACACGAUCGAGGGUGACAAAUACGACUCUUAUGCCAGCGACGGCGACUUUUUCGCAAUCCUUGCGGGAAAAUUAGCAGCACUAGAACCCUGCCUCCAUAACGUCACUGGCGAAGCCCUCUUUUGGAUGUAUGACCAGAUAAUUGUAAAGUAUGGUCAGGUCCAUUCCAUGUUGGCCUCUGGGAGAGGGGGAGGGGAUAUGGAGACGACGAAAUUGAUGAAGUUUGCGGAAGAGUUGUAUUAUUUGGAUGAAAGUUUUCUGGAGGCGAAAUUGAAGACAGGGAGUCGGUUGGAGGCCUCGGAGAGGAAGAGGGCGGAGAAGAUUUCGAAGCGGUAUCCGAUGACGAUGAUGGAUAGUGGGAGAGGAUUUUAUAAGGUGCCGGCUUUUGGGGGGCAUUGGCCCCCGAGGGAGGGUCAGGCUGCGCCGGCGCCGAGACAGAGGCAAGCACAGGGACAAGCGCAGGGACAAGCGCAGAGGGCGAGACAGGGCCAAGAACAGGCACAGGGACAGGGAAGAGUAGGUGGAGGAGGACGAGACGUGGUAGCAGCAGCAGCAGAAGGGAGGCGACAGGUUGCUGCUGUCGCGACUACUCACGCUGCCGCUGCAGUUGCAUCUUCUGGUCCAGCUCCGAUUCGUACAGCUCCAGCAACUCCAGUUCGUGAUGUGGGUCCCGUUCGGAAUGUGGGCGUCGGAACUCGUACAGCCCCCAUCUUUAUCGACGAUUUCGAUGACGGUGAGGGUGAGGUUGUAGCACUACCAGCAAGUGCGCGAGCUGCUGCCAGAGCCAACGCUGCUCGACCAUAUUAA